AUGGACAAAGCACUGCAAACCGGCCUUUCCGCAGGCAUGUCUGCUGUGUCAGGCUUCCAUUCCAAGAAGCCCAAUUGGGCAGACCCCGAAACUGCCGGCGCCAACGUCCUUCCUACAUCAUACUGCCCCCAACCCAGCACUCGCGUGGAGUUUCCGAGUGCUCAAAAGCCAGUAAGAGCUUCUCAUAUCUGCAUUGGGGCUUGGUCGUGGGGUGAUAAGUCGACUUGGCAAUGGGAUCAAAAGGAACUACCGCAGGUCAUGUUGGCUUGGAAGACGCUUUAUGAGGCCGGCAUCAACUUCAUUGACACAGCUGAAGCUUAUGGAAAUGGAGAGAGCGAGAGGAUAAUCGGAGAACUGGUUAAGGAUAUUCCCCGCGAGACCAUCGUCAUACAGACAAAAUAUUUCAGCACUCCUCUCAAGGCUGCUAACUUCAUUCAUCCUGUCGAUGCGCCCGUCAAGAGUCUCAAGGCCAGUCUUCUGCGCAUGAACCUCGAAUACGUAGACAUUUAUCUGGUUCAUGGACCGAUCCAUCCGCAGAGCAUCGCAACAAUCGCUGAGGGAAUGGCUCAAUGCGUUGAACAAGGCCUUGCGCACUCAAUUGGAGUAGCCAACUAUGACGUUGAAGACGUUCAAAAGAUCAACGAUGAGCUUGCCAAGUUCAACAUCCCUCUCGCGACAAACCAAUGCGAGUACAACAUUCUCCGUCGCUACCCUGAGCUCACCGGCAAUAUCGAGAAGUGCAAGGCCAGCGGCAUGAUCUUCCAGUCAUACUCAUCACUUGCGCAAGGAAGAUUGACUGGCAAGUACACCAAGGACAACCCGCCACCCAAAUCACACCGAUUCAGCAGCUAUAAAAUGGAGGAUCUUGAGCCUGUACUUGAGACUUUGGAGAGGGUUGCUGAGAGACGGCGCAAGAGCAUCGCCGCUGUUGCGCUGAACUAUAAUAUCAGCAAGGGAGUCUUACCAGUUGUUGGGAUCAGGAACGUUGAGCAGGCAAAAUGUGCUAUUGAGGCGCUUGGAUGGAGGCUUACGGAUAGUGAGAUUGUUGAGAUUGAUAAGGUCAGCAUUGUUGGAGACAAGACUGUGCUUUGGCAGCAAGGCUAG